UCACUCCAAGCGGGCCACCAUGUUGUGUUUCGAAGCGUUUGUUUAUCUACACGUUUGUUGGAUCGAGUGCUGUAUUCGUGCUUUAAACUAGCGAUUACAGAGUUUACGUGUAGUGAAGCUGCUGUGAACAUGGUUUACAAAUGUUGUGUGCCAAGGUGUCGUGGGAAUUACGGAACUGGACCAAAAAUAAUGUUGUUUUCCUUUCCGAAAGAUGCGAAUCUGCGUUGGAAAUGGCUUGCAGCGAUUCAUCGGGACAAUUUCCAACCCACUGAGCACACGAAGGAAGAGAAGCAAAUGGGUUCUCUGGUUCUGCUGGUCCUGAUCGCAUCGGGCGCCUUGGCUGAGGUGACUGAGUGCACCGGCGGUUCCAACAGCGCAAUGCCGGCGUCAACAGAGCACACCGCUCGGGAAGGAAAGGGUUGGUCAGAGUACCCUAAAGUGAUGGUACUCCAGCCGAUGACCACAGAGGAGUCCUCGGCAGAACCUCCGCGCCCGACUCCUAUAAACAGUGUCUGCAUGAUGAAGGUUAACUGCGCAGACACCAGGCCUAUUGACUACGACGAGGAGCUUCAGAGGGACGAAGAGUACCAGGACGCGCAAAGCACUGUUCAGGAAACGCCAACAGCUGCAACGUCGAGUACCGGCUCGCCAAAGCCGGCACCACCUCCUGUCCCGUGCACUGUGGAAAUACAAGUGCUGCAGACGUUCCGCGGCCAGUGCGUGCGGCUGGGCCAGCACUUCGGCGGCUGCCGCGCGGGGCCGUUCGUGUCGCCGCUGCAGCCACCCUGCCACCCCCCGCCACAACACUAGCCGGCGCACCGCAC